AGUGCAGCACCUCUGAACAAAACCAUCGCCGUUCGUCACCAGAUCUCCCAAAACCCCGCUAUUUUACCCUCUACCCACCCACCUCACCUAAUACCAACCGAGCCACACUGAUCCAAACCCAACUAAAAACCAACGACCUGACCGACACAUCUCACGAGACUGGGUACCACGACUUCUACCUUUGCUUCACCCAAAAUCCCAGCGCUUCGCACACUACCUUAGCUUAGUCCGUCGUUGUUGCAUAAACCUUCAAAAUGGCCGCCAUCGUCGAACGCAGCCCCCCUACGCAUUCCCCUCCUGGUCCCCAUCCCAAGCGACCCAGAGGUAUCCUCAAGAACUCGUACCAAAAGUCGCCCCCGACAUCACCCGGUGAAGCCGACCUCACCGAGAAGGAGCUCACCCUCGUCAACACCCAAUACAACGCUGGCCACCGCCGUUCCUCUUCUGCUGCGCGCCCCUCGGGCUCCCGCCGUCAAUCCAGCCGAACCCCCUCCCAGCAGGGCGACGACGACGAGCAAGAUCUCGAGUCGUCCCAGCGCCUCAAGUGGGACGAGGCCAACCUCUACCUGACCGAGCAGGAGCGCACGUCGACUAUGAAGAUUGACGAGCCCAAGACUCCCUAUGCGAAGCACUACGACCCCACCGAGGACCCCUCGGACGACGAGGAAAUGUCGGAGGACCCCAACGUUGAGAGGAAGCCUCGCACGGCUCGUGCUGGUCCUGGCGUGGAGGAUGAUAUCCCUAUCAUGUCGCUUGGCGAGCCGGAAGAGGCGGUCCCGGAAAGCGAGUCGUCCAAGGAAAAGGCCCUCAAGGCCGUCCACGUCGACGAGAACGCCAGUGCUCACGGCGACAAUGAUGAGCUGGCCGGCCUUUCGCCCGAGGAGCGGGAGAAGCACCGUCGUUUCGAGGAGUUGCGCAAGAAGCACUACGAAAUGAAGGAUGUGGCCCACUUGUUGGGCCACCCCGAAGAACUGGAGGAGGAGGACGACGAGGAGCGCGCCGCCCGCGCCGGGCCGCCUCCCGUCCCUGCUCUUCCCCGGCCGAGCGAGGCAACCAACGGCCAGGCCUGAGCUUGGGCCUGAGCCUGAGCGGCGGAUAUCGCUGGCUGAUUUCACCUUUAGCCGGCACGCCGUACCGAGGAGGACGAUACGGGAGACGCAUUACGAGCAUUUUCACGCACUGUUGACGCUUUUUUGGAGUCGAGAUGAAGAUUAGCAUCCGGCAACGGCGUGGCACACGAAGAAGGAGUUCUGGGUGGAUAUCACGGAUGGGGAUUUUAGCGGCG